AUGCAUGCAGACAGCACUUCGAAGCGCCGCAGUGUUAACGACAGCGACAGCAGCGAGGAGAUCAUUUCGACCCGGGAUCGCAAGAGGCUGAGGAGAAGCAUCGCGUCUGGGGACAGUGACGCCCUGCCUAAAGAUGCCAUGUCUGACGAUGAUGCUAGGCCUAGAGAUGCCAUGUCUGAAGAUGGUGUCCCUAACGAUGUCAUGUCUGAAGAUAGUGUCCCUAACGAUGAUGCCCCUAAAGACGGUAUCCCUAGAGAUGAUACCUCCAAAGAUGCCAUGUCUGAAGAUGAUGCCGGGCCGAAAGGCGAUGUUCCUAAAGAAAAUGUCCCUAAAGACGAUAUGGUGUCUGAAAACUGUGGUUUUGUGUCUUAUGGCGGUGAUAUUGACUCUGGUUUUGGAGUCUAUGCCACACCGGCUUGGAGUCGGCCUACGAGCCACGACAAGGGGCACUACCACCAGAGGGAAGACGCUGAUGGCAGUUCUGAAUACUCUACUUCACGUCUAGAACCAGAAACUAAUCAUAGUCAUAGCAAGGAAGUGAGCGAGGCCCACCUGCCGGAAUCCGCCGAAGAAGAAGACGAGAAGCUGAGAACUGACCCAGAAGAUGUCAUGUCGGUCUUCAUGGAAGAUGAAGAAUACGUCGAGAACCUACCGAGCGAACCUGAGUUCGCCAGCGAGGCCAACUUCAGGCCCGAAUCAGGCACUUCCGAUACAUCCUCCUCACCGCCGACGAGACGAAAGAGGAGAGAUUCAAGGCCGAGAAAUCGCCCUCGGGCUAGGUACGAUAGUGGUGAUGUGACUGGGCUGUAUCACGAACGCUGGCUCUCCGGCAAACCGUCGAAGGAGGAGCAGCAGAAUAUCGUGGAGAAGCUACGGUCGUUUUUCUGGGCGAGUGGCAGCGGUGAUGGGUUGCCGAGAUGUCACUCGUGCCGCGUAUUCGGUGCUACUCUACCAACCGACGAUGAUGCCCCUACCGGUAUGGAACUGGAGGAGUGUCUCCCUUGUGGCUGCUCCUAUAAUGAGGCGAUGUUGGAGAUGUAUAUGGUGAAAAGGGGGAUGCUCGCUAUAUCCAAAUCCGAAGACGAGCCAGAGACGCUUGGCCGACACCGGCACGAUCUCAUAAGCAUGUUCGAGCUGUUCUUUGGUCCAUUCACUGUGCCCGGACCAAAGCCGCAGAAGAAGCAGCGCGGCAAGACGACAUGCUGUUCAACCGCCUGGCCCCAAACUGACCGUCUCCUGGCACCCGAGAUCCGUCCUCCCGCCGAGAUAGUCCUGUACCUGACGCGCUACUCACCAGCGAUCGCUGCUGUAGCAUGUACCAUCAUUAAUAAUUCUCCUGUCCAGAUGCCAGUGGAGCCGCAGACUCUGUCGGGUCGUCUGAUGCUCUACACAUCUCGUCUUCCUCUCUCCCUUCUUCCUCCCCUUUUGCCUCCCGCGAUCCAGCCCGUCGGGGCCAAGUUCCCAAACGCCCACAAACCGGCACCCCGGAUUGCCCCUUUCGGCCAUCCGCCUGAAGCUCUCCGCGGCUCCACCGACCUUAAAUCCGAGCUUAAAAAAAGAACAUGCUUAGGCAGCUUUGGACAUGCAUCUUUGCACACGACGCUGGCUUCUAGCCUCCAGCCCUCCAGCCUGUCACCCGACUUGCUCCCUGUUUUGAACGCCGUCGACGAGUCUGGCUCGAUGCUUAGAGAGAGGCGUUGGGACCUGGCCCCUUUCUCCCCUGAUUCGGCCGGCAGCUGUGUUGGGACAACACGAUACCGCUCUUGGGAUGCCGGCGCUCGCAGAGAUAUCCUUGCGGCGUCUGGACCAGCUGCAAAGCCGCCUGUGCUCCUAGGAACCAAGCAGCGAUUGCCGGAAUUUCAGCUCGCCGACAAAGUUGUUCUCGUCUCCGGGGCCGCGAGGGGGCUAGGGCUGACCCAGGCGGAGGCUUUAUUGGAAGCUGGAGCUAUAGUAUAUGCACUCGACCGUCUCGAGGAGCCGUCUGAGGACUUCCACCGUGUCCAAAAACGUGCUACUGGCGAGCUCAACACCGAGUUCCACUACCGCCGCAUCGAUGUCCGCGACACUGAAGACCUGGACAAGAUCGUGCGGGAGAUAGCAGACAAACACGGCCGCAUCGACGGCCUGGUUGCUGCUGCUGGCAUCCAGCAGGAAACCCCUGCUCUCGAAUACACAGCCAAGGAUGCAAACACCAUGUUCGAAGUCAACAUUACUGGUGUCUUCAUGACUGCACAGGCGGUUGCAAAGCAGAUGAUUCGCUUCGGAACUCGCGGAAGUAUUGUCAUGAUUGCCAGCAUGAGCGGGACAAUCGCCAAUAGAGGCUUGAUAUGUCCAGCUUACAAUGCUAGCAAGGCCGGCGUCAUCCAACUCGCUCGCAACCUCGCUGCAGAAUGGGGCCCGCAUGGCAUCCGUGUCAACACCAUCUCGCCAGGCUACAUCGUCACCGCCAUGGUUGAGCAGCUGUUCGUGCAGUACCCAGAACGCAAGACCCAGUGGCCAACAGAGAACAUGCUGGGCCGUCUCAGCGAACCGUCCGAGUACAGGGGUGCAGCCGUCUUCUUGAUCAGUGACGCCAGCAGUUUCAUGACGGGCAGUGAUUUGAGGAUCGAUGGCGGGCAUGCGGCGUGGUAG